AAGCAGCCGAGCAGCUUCCGACGGUUCGUGUCUCCUGAUAGUAUCGUACAGGAAACCCAAAGGCCACUGUAGUCUACCUUUAAUGUCAACAUGGGGGCUUGUCUGGCCUUGUGCUCUUUAGCCAGCUGUGCCUCCUGUCUGUGCGGUUCAGCACCAUGCGUUUUGUGUUGCUGCUGUCCCUCCUCCAAUAACUCCACGGUCACACGGCUGGUGUUCUCCUUCUUCUUGCUGCUGGGCACCAUGGUGUCUGUCAUCAUGAUCCUUCCUGGGAUGGAGGCACAGCUCCGUAAAAUCCCGGGGUUUUGCCAGGGAGGAACUGCUAUACCUGGUAUCGAAAACCACGUUAAUUGUGACGUCAUUGUGGGCUACAAGUCUGUGUACCGCAUGUGCUUCGCCAUGACUUGCUUCUUCUUUCUGUUCGCCGCCAUCAUGAUUGGUGUGCGUAGCAGCAAAGACCCGCGUGCGGGUGUUCAAAACGGGUUCUGGUUCUUUAAGUUUCUGAUCCUCAUUGGGAUUACAGUGGGAGCUUUUUUCAUCCCUGAUGGAACAUUUCAUACUGUGUGGUUUUACUUCGGAGUGGUGGGAUCCUUCAUCUUCAUUCUGAUCCAGCUUAUUCUUCUCAUUGACUUUGCCCACUCCUGGAACAAGGUGUGGGUAGAAAAUGCUGAAAAUAGUGACAACAAAUGCUGGUUUGCAGGCCUGCUGUCUUUCACCUUCCUCCACUAUGCCCUGGCUUUCACUGCUGUGGUGCUUUUCUACGUUUACUACACACAGCCUGACGAUUGCACAGAGCACAAGGUCUUCAUCAGCCUGAACCUCAUCUUCUGUGUCAUCAUCUCCAUUGUCUCCAUCCUACCCAAGAUACAGGAAGCCCAGCCGCACUCCGGUUUGCUCCAGGCUUCACUCAUCUCGCUCUACACCAUGUAUGUCACUUGGUCUGCAAUGACCAACAAUCCAAAUCGAAAGUGCAACCCCAGCCUGUUGAGUCUAGUGUCCAACGUCACCACCACUCCACCAUCUGGUGACGGCACACCAGGAACGGUGCAGUGGUGGGAUGCUCAGGGCAUUGUGGGUUUGAUUAUCUUCCUCUUCUGCACUCUCUAUGCCAGUAUCCGUUCGUCCAGUAACACCCAGGUGAACAAGCUGAUGCAGACAGAGGAGGGCGGAGGGUCAGGUGGAGAGGGUGUGGUGGGAGAGGAUGGCAUACGCAGGGCCGUGGACAAUGAGGAGGAGGGAGUCACCUACAGCUACUCCUUUUUCCACUUCCACCUCUGUCUGGCCUCUCUGUACAUCAUGAUGACUCUCACCAACUGGUACCAACCAAACACCACCACCCAGGCCAUGCAGAGCAGUAUGCCAGCUGUGUGGGUGAAGAUGAGCUCUAGCUGGCUGGGCCUCGCGCUCUACCUCUGGACCCUCAUCGCCCCUUUCAUCUUCCCCGACAGGGAUUUCAACUGAACGAGCCUCGUCUCUUAGCUGUAUUUUUGUUGUUUUGUUUUCUUGCCUAGCGUCUUAGGCAGUGUAAAAGGAUGAACAGGAAGGAUAUUACAAAGGAAAUACAUUUAAUCUAUUUGUAUUCCUUUUUCAAUUAAUUGCUUCUGCUUAAAUUGUGUUUCUGUUGUUUUACUUUUCUCAGUAGAAUUAUUUAGAGUGAUAAUCUACAGAUACAUGAACGUGUAAGUGGGUUUUUUUGUUUGUCUGAUUGAUGAUGUUUUAGCUGGUCAUUUUGCCAAUGAAUCACCUUAAUAGGAAACUCCCUACCUUUCACCUGAUGUGCUCGUAAUACGACUGUGUGAGCUCCAUUAUCUUUUUGCUGAAUUUUAAUUAUUGCACUAGAAUCACAAAGACUCUGCAACACAGCACUUUCCUAAUACCUCAGACAUUUCCGUUUCAGAUUCCAUUUUAAAGGCCUGUGACAUCAGACUUCUCUGAUUGGCCGGGUCUGGAAUCCCCCUGAUUAGCUGGACCGUGUUAGCGCUGAGGGGGGGCAGGCAAUGAGGAGAUUUCUCCCUAGGAGCCCCAGAGUGAGGUGAAUGUGAGAGUUAGAUAAGACUAAUACGACACACCCUACAGAUCAUAACAGGGCUUCCCUUUUGCUGCUAGGCUGUAUGCAAAUCCACAUCAUUAUACCUUGAGCCAGAGAGUCCUAAUAGACCACCAGUCUAAUCUCAGCUCAUCCUCACCUACUCCAUCCUAUGGUAAUUCAUCUCCGGUGCUAUACCUCUCCAUGUCUGACUGUGUUUGGCCUUGUACAGCCACGGGCGACAAUCUGUACCUAUAUAGCAGUCUGAUUGCAGCAGGGAGACAUGUAUUGAUCUAUAGCAGUCAGCAUCAUGCAAUGUGCAGCGUUGCGGCUCAGGGGGGUGAUGGCGUGAACGCCACUCUACCUGUGCUCUCACAAAUGCCCUUAUUUCCAGAAUGUUGCAGAGUAGUUAUUAAGUCAAGAAGAAAGGGAUUUUUAAUUGUUGCUGUGUACAAAACAAUAACACAUUUCAGUCCUGAUAAAUUGCUGUUCAACGGUAUUGACUUUAAUAGUAUGUUGAUGGUUGUAAUGAUGGUACAGUAAUUUUAUGCAUUAUAUAGUAGUUACCUCAAUUUCCAUAUGAAUGGAUGAGUUACAGUAAGGCCGAUGAUUUUGUACCUGUGAAGAAAUGUUUUGGUACUAUCCUGAGAUGUUAUCCUUUGUCUAUGUUAUGUUCUUCUCAAACAUUUCACUGCCCGCACAUAUGAAUCAGAUGUCCUGUUUAUUUGGCUGCAUAUGAGUAUUGUGAAAGGAGUUUUUCAAAGUGUUGUGAUAAGUUGACUUUUUAAAAAAAAAAAAAAUGUUGUUUCUUAAACGUGUCAAAGGUAUUGUACAUAUUACCGUUAACAACCUUCUAAGGACAUUGUUUAUGCAGAAUUGCCAUGUAAGUUAACAUGUAAUAUUUCACAACACUAUUAAGUGCCUUUUUGUAGUCUUGCGUUUAAAAACAAAUUAAACACUAAUGCUGGCGUUUGCUUGUAUUGCCUUGCCUUACAUUGCUCAUUGCAUGCCAUAAGGCAUAGGUCUAUGACAGGAAUUAAUAUUGUAUUUAAUGUAUAAACACCGUUUUUAAUAAAGAUUGAAAUCUGUCACUCAC